AUGGAGGCACUUGGGGGGCUGGAGAGCAUCCUCCCCUCCCCAGCUUCCCUCUGGCCACUGGAACAGGUUUCAGGAGUUUGCAAAUGCUGCGGUGUGUGGAAAGCUCAUUGGAGCCAGGUUGCAAAAUCAUCCCCAGGCUCCUCUUCAAACACAGAGUCCCAUGAGCUGUCCCAUUCCAAACUCACCUUUCCUGCUCCUCCAGAAGCGUCCCCUCCCACCAGGCUCAGCUGGGACACGGGACCUGCCACCGCUGCCACAGAAACGCAGCAGCGAGAAGUGGUUUGGAGGCAGCGUGUCCAUCGGCAUCGUCGGAGCCGCUGCAGCAGAGGUGCCAUGGGACCAGGCUGUGCCAGUGUCCUGGGCUGGCUCCUGCUGGCACAGGCAGCCCUGCAGGUCACAGGUGGCCGUCCCUGUGAUGCCAAGGAUUUUGGGCACGGCUCGCUGGUCUGUGCCUGCAGUGCCACGUACUGUGACACUCUGGACCCCCUGGUCCUGCCAGCCCCUGGCUCCUAUGUCAGGUAUGAGAGCAGCAAGGCUGGCAAGCGGCUGGAGCGGAGCGAGGGGAGCUUCCAGCACAACGCCAAGAGCACAGAUUUCCACCUCACCCUGGACACCACACAGAAGUACCAGAAGGUGAAGGGCUUUGGUGGCUCCAUCACUGAUGCAGCUGCCAUCAACAUCCAGUCCCUGUCCAAGGCUGCCCAGAACCACCUGCUCCGCUCCUACUUCUCCGAGGAAGGCAUUGAGUACAACCUGGUGCGUGUGCCCAUGGCCAGCACUGACUUCUCCAUCCGCCUGUACACCUACGCUGAUGCCGAGGGCGACUUCGAGCUGAGGCACUUCAACCUGACCGAGGAGGACACACACAUGAAGAUCCCCAUCCUCCAAGCAGCCCAGGCAGUGGCCAAGCGGCCGCUGUCUCUGUACGCCAGCCCUUGGACCUCCCCGGUGUGGAUGAAGACAAAUGGAGCAAUGACAGGGAGGGGAACACUGAAGGGCAGCCCUGGGGACAAGUACCACCAGGCCUGGGCCAAGUACUUUAUCCGGUUCCUGGAUGAAUACGCCAAGCACAACCUGACCUUCUGGGCAGUGACAGCAGGGAACGAGCCCACGGCUGGUGAGAUUGUCUUCUACCCCUUCCAGUGCCUGGGCUUCUCCCCUGAGCACCAGAGGGACUUCAUUGCCCAGGACCUGGGCCCGGCGCUGGCCAACAGCUCCCACCGCCACGUCCAGCUCAUCAUCCUGGAUGACCAGAGGGUGAUGCUGCCCUACUGGGCUGAGGUGGUUCUCAAAGACCCCGUGGCUGCCAGCUACAUCAGCGGCAUUGGCAUCCACUGGUACCUGGAUUUUCUGGCACCCAUCGACCUGACGCUCUCCAUCACCCAUCACCUCUUCCCAGACUAUUUCCUCCUCUCCACGGAGGCCUCCACAGGCUCCUACUUCUGGGAGCCCAGGGUGGUCCUGGGUGGCUGGGAGCGUGGGAGCAAGUACAGCCACAGCAUCCUGUCGAACCUCAACAACUACGUGACAGGCUGGACCGACUGGAACCUGGCCCUGGAUAUGGAGGGAGGCCCCAACUGGAGCAAGAACUACGUGGACAGCCCCGUCAUCGUGGACAGCAGCAAGGAUGUCUUCUACAAGCAGCCCAUGUUCUACCACCUGGGCCACUUCAGCAAGUUCAUCCCCGAGGGCUCCCAGCGGGUGGGACUGGCUGUCUCCAAAAAGUGCCACCGGUGUGACCUGGAGCACUCUGCCUUCCUGCGCCCCGACGGCGCCGUUGUGCUGGUGGUCCUGAACCGCUCCCCCACGGACGUGUCCUUUGGGAUCUCUGACCCGCACGUCGGCUUCAUCGAGGCCGUGGCUCCCAGCGACUCCAUCCAGACGUUUCUCUGGAAGCAGCCAGCCUAGCGUGGCAGAGGAGGGAGCUGCCAGAGCCAGGAACACGCUGCUGGUGGCAGCUUGGAGGGAAGACUCCAAUG